AUGGAGAGCCCCAAUCGGACCAGUGCUCAGGAGUUUAUCUUCUCUGCUUUCCCUCAUUCCUGGGGAGAUUCUGUCCUCUGCUUUGUUCCCCUGCUCUUCAUCUAUGCUUUCAUUGUUGUUGGGAACCUGGUUAUCAUUACCGUGGUCCAGCUGAACGCUCAUCUGAACACCCCCAUGUACUUCUUUAUCAGCGCCCUUUCUUUCCUGGAGAUUUGGUAUACCACGGCCACCAUCCCAAAGAUGCUCUCUAGCCUGCUCAGUGAACGAAGGAGUAUUUCCCUCAAUGGCUGCCUCCUGCAGAUGUAUUUCUUCCACUCCACAGGCAUCAGUGAGGUCUGCCUCUUGACAGCGAUGGCCUUUGACCGCUACCUGGCCAUCUGCAGCCCUCUUCACUAUCCCACCAUCAUGACCCCCAAGCUGUGUGCCCAGUUGACUUUGGGUUGCUGUGUCUGCGGCUUUCUCACACCGCUCCCUGAGAUUGCCUGGAUCUCCACGCUGCCAUUUUGUGGCUCCAAUCACCUGGAACAUAUCUUCUGUGACUUCCUCCCAGUGCUGCGCCUGGCCUGCACCAACACACGAGCCAUCAUCAUGAUCCAGGUGGUGGAUGUUGUCCACGCAGUGGAGAUCAUCACAGCGGUGACCCUCAUCGUCUUGUCCUAUGUGGGUAUUGUGGCUGUGAUUCUCCGGAUUCGCUCAGCUGAAGGUCGCCGCAAAGCAUUUUCCACGUGUGUCUCCCACCUCACGGUCUUUCUGCUCUUCUUUGGCAGCGUGGCUCUCAUGUAUCUCCGCUUCUCUGCCACCUACUCUCUCUUCUGGGAUACAGCCAUUGCUCUGUCCUUUGCAGUUUUAUCCCCCUUCUUCAAUCCCAUUAUCUACAGCUUGAGGAAUAAAGAGAUAAAAGAAGCCAUCAGAAAGCACAUGGGACAAGCCAAGAACUUCUUCAUAAGACCAGGGACCUGCAGUAAGGUCUUUCAGCUGUGA